AUGAGACUCUUCCCUCACAGACCACGGCAUUCCCCUACGACGUCGAAGCUUCUGCAAGACAGGUACACUCGAUCAGACCAUACUUCGCGUCGUACUUCACACCAAUUCACUCUGGCAAGAACAUCUGCUUCAACAGCUACAGCCAUGCCUCCUUUCGACGAGGAGACUCAGGCAGACGCCAAGGUCAGCCGCAGUAACAAAAAAAGCCUGAUCACCUUCGGUUGCCUACAAGUGUUUGUGGUCUCGACGUUCCUUGCUAUUGGUUACGUUGUGGGCACUGCAGCUGCGCCAAGUUCUCCUGAGAGAAGCUAUGCUGGUGGCAUAGCUUGGAUCAUUGUCUCUUUGGUCGCUGUUGGAUGUGCUAGCGUAUCUGCGUGGAUACUAUGGAAGAGACAACAAGCUAACAAGGUCAAUGACACGUUUACCUUUGGCCAAGGGGCACUCCUAUCGGAAGAGAAAAGGCCCACGCUGCUCCAAAACCCAGUGAUGAACAGACCAAAUACCGACCAAGAAAACUUACGCCUUGACCGCCAGCUCAAGGAGCCAGCAGAAGCAAUCGAUGAUACCUACGAGCAAAACCCUUUUGACUCACCAAGGUCUGUCAGAGAGAAACAGCCACGAGCAGAGACAAAACGCACAGUCAGCAAUGGAAGCAUCGAACUGCAGUUACUUGGACAGGGGCCACCACGUGCAGGCCCAGUAUCACAACGGCCUCAUACUCUUACGCUGCCACGCUCGGGAUCUCAAAGCUUGCAAAAUAUGAUAGUUGCCAACUAUAUUGGGGACGGUAACUCUCUACCUAGAACUCCAGUCACUAUCAAGUCUCAGCGAUCGUCGAUCGGACCGGGCAAUCAGCUUGCUGGAUGUGAGAGGCGAGUUUCUACGGAUCCUGCAGCUUAUUUCCGCAAUCGAUCAAUGACGAAAGACACUAUCAGCUCUAGCACUAGCGAUGAGACCGUGAAGCCGAAUCUCAUGCCACCCAAGAUUGAUUCCGAGUUCUGGCGUAGCGUGGAGCGUUCCACCUCCCGUCAGGACGAUGUACCAUCGUUCGUUCAUCCUGCUAGCGUUGUCAUGAAGCCGUCACCAACUGAGCCAGCGUCUCCGACCCCAGGAGCUCGCGACUCAAUGGCUUUUCAUCCACCACGUCAAUCUAGCCUCCCGCCAUCGAAUAGUGGUAGUGACACAAGCUCUACUGCCUUAACUACGACUCCUGAGGCUGCAGAGAGGAGCAUUGUUGACGGACCAGAAUGGAGUUAUCCGGGAAUAUCCAUAGGAAAUGACUCUCAACGAAGCUCAGUGAUCCUCGACGAAUCAAGCAUGAACAGGCGCUCUUACAGCAUCGUAUUUCCAAAGAGACUGAGCAGCCUUGGUGCGCCAACUGGGCUGACCACAUCCAUGUUAUCCACUGCCAGCGGUAACGAGACAGUCCCACAUUUCAGCGUACCUAGGACCCCGAGCAGGCAAACAUCCAUGGUCUCGCUGAAUGACCAUGAUCGGAGUGUCAGUCCAGUCAUAGCUCUAUAUGCUGAGAUGAACAACAGCUCCAAUACCAGUUUGGAAAAUGUCAAAUACGCAAUACAUGAAAAUGCCACAUCUCCAGAUCCGCAUUCUGCGCAAAUUGCACUAUCGACGGCUCAGAUAGAGGAGACAGCUGAUCAUACUCUGGGUAAUGGACUUCCGCAGGUGAAGAUGCGACCCGAAUCCUCCACUCUGCCUCGCCCGGACACUUAUCCAACUCUCCAGUUCACCGAGACGUCAAGCGAUAAUGGGCCGUUUGCAUACGAUGAAUCUAGGUACCGUCUACAUCCUCUUUCGAACAACGAUAGACAUGGCAUUGAACCUGGCUCACGGCACGUCGAGGAUGACACGAUUACCCCAGUGGUCAGGCCGUUUUCAAAUCCAAUGACACCGUCGGCCUCCACUAUGACCAUGUCGACCUCUGUAAGCUCCUUCGAGCCAUCUCUGUUCUCAUCUCAGAUCAAUCUCAGAGCUGCGGAGGUCUCUCCCAAGAGAAACAGCGCCGGCUCGACGCCAACGAAACGUAGCUCUGCUGUCAACCUCAGCUCCCGAAAGACCUCGACCGAUCGGCUGAGCUUCAAGUCUGCUAAGACUAACCAAACUCAGGGAACUGAGAACGACGAUGACGACGAAGACCGUGAUGAUCGGAGAAGCUGGAGCCGCGUGAACAUGUAUCGCGGUAGCUGA